AUGUCAUCUAAACGAAAGUCGCCACCGUCGAAAUUGCAAGAAGGUGCUGUCGACGCUAGCAAGCCGGAACCCGGUCCCGCAAACCUGGACUUCUCCGAUCACCAAGACACGGACGACGAACAUCCAACAUACUACAAGUUCUCCCCGAGCUCCUCACCUCGUACUUCAAUCAGCGAAGAGGAAACACCCACUUACGAAGACGAAAACCCUAGUAAGAAACAACGAUUCGAAACCGACAUGACAAAUAACCUUCUAGUCCCUUCUUCAUUCUUAAGUCUGCACCAAGUCAACGAUCUUCAAGCGAGAAGACGAGGCUCCUCAGAAUGCAGUAGCCCCGGCGCGGAGGCGAAAGUUAUAGGUCUAUGUAAUAAUAACAAUUCAUUGCUGAAUCACAAUAGUGCGUUGUCACUGGCUGCACCGCAUAAGCGGUCGAUGGAUGAUGUUCUAAAGAGAUUAACGUCGAAAAUGAAUAAUAGCACGAUUAAAGAGGAGAAGAGGCCUACGCCGUCGACUACGCCCAUUAAACAGAACAAGUGA